AUGACCCCUUAUCCCAGACCCAGGAAAGCCCAACCUAUUCUUCUUCUCCUCACUCUCUUCCCCAUCCGGCCCAGACCCAGAGCAGAUUAUUCUAUGUUUACACACAAACAUGGUAAAUCCUUCACUGUUAUAUUGUUGUACGUUGAUGAUAUGAUAAUUACUGGAAAUGAUGAUGAUGCCAUACGAGACCUUAAACACUUCCUUGGCACUUGUUUCAAAAUCAAAGAUCUUGGACCUUUAAAGUAUUUUCUUGGAGUUGAAAUUGCACGGUCCAAAUCUGGGAUUUCUUUUUGUCAACGGAAGUAUACAUUGGAUAUUUUGGAAGAUGCAGGUUUACUUGGUGCAAAGCCUACAAAAAUUCCUAUGGAAGCCAAUGUUGCACUCAUGCCUACAGGGAGUGACCCUCUCAAGGAUCCUACUCGCUAUCGCAGACUUGUUGGCAGGUUAAUAUAUCUUACAAUAACAAGACCCGAAAUCACAUAUGCAGUGAAUACUCUAAGUCAGUUUAUGCAUGAACCCUGA